AGGAGCAGAGAGUGCAGAGUUCUUGCUCCCCCUUGUGGCCGGUUUUGGGAACAGCCACAACAGCCUGGACUCGGUCUCUAAUAUGAACUCCAGUAAGAGUGACUGGGUCCUGGUCUACGGCUCCAGCAAACUGUCCGUGCUCCGCCAGAGGGACAAACACAAAGAGUGGACCUUCAACUCGUCUCAGCUCCACUGCCAACCAGUCCCAGGACACUUCAACGAUGACAGAGUGCUCGAUCUUUUCAUCCAGCAUGCAGCAAACGGCACCAUGCAGGCGCAGGUCGUCGACGGAGCAAAAGGGAAACUCCUCUGGUCGGCUGAGUUUGUGUGUCCCGGUCUGAUGUUAGAAUCUUCAGCCAUCUUGACCUCAACUGGCCAAUCGGCUUUCCUCUUCUGGGCCAGCGAUCCAUCAGAACAGAAGAACGUCACAAAGACGACUGUGUCACCAGGUGUCGCCGCAGCUCAGCCGCUCAUCAGAAAACUUUUCCUGCUUCACCCUGCGUAUCCCAGAAUCCUCCUGGAGCUCCACAGCACCACGGACACGGCGGUCACCUCUGCAGUGAGUUACCACGGAAACCAGAAAGACGCUUUCUACAUCACCGUGUCGUCUCGGCCCACGCCCGGCUCGGAGCCCGGCGCUCAGAUCGUCAAGAGCUUGGGCCUCAGAGCCGCCGUCGCCAAAGGACAAAUCGUCAGGUUAGGAGAGAGCGGCAAGCCGGGAGACGCCGUCAAACCCGGAGCGUACGAGGUCAACAAGUUCUUCAGGCGUCUGACCUUCAGACAGCAGUUAUGAGCCAGCACUGCCACCACGGUACAACUGGAAGGACCCGAGUGGGAUAGAAACGGACUGAAGUGGGAGAUUUCUCUGCACUAAGGACACUCGGGGUCGGAUUCACUAAGACUGGAUGUCGGCCGCUCUUAUCUUUAUUAUUUGUUCAUCAUGUUCUCCCUCUAUCGGCUCCGUCUCAAGGUCCGACUCACUAAGCAUAGACCUCUGAUGAUAUUCAAAAAGUGUUGCUUUUGUUUAGUCUGAAUGUGAAGAGAAACUAUCUGCACCUUUCCUUUGAUGGAGCUGCUCUCUGAUGGAGCUGCUCUCUGAUGGAGCUGCUCUCUGAUAGAGCUGCUCUCUGAUGGAGCUGCU